AUGACCCGUUUUGCUGGUGUUGAAGUUGGUGGCACGACGUGGAUGGCGGCCAUUGCCGAGGACCACCCAGAAAACAUUCUGGAAAAAUUUGAAGUCGAUACGACGACACCCGAUGAAACCAUGGGCGCUGUGGUUGACUGGCUCAAGGCGCGUACAUUUGACUCGAUUGGUAUUGCCUCAUUUGGUCCCGUUGAUUUAAACAAAAAGUCACCAACGUAUGGCUACAUUACAAGUACACCCAAACCCAAUUGGGGCAACACGGACGUUGUAGGCGUGUUCAAGCGGGAAUUUCCCGGCGUGCCCAUUGGAUUUGACACGGACGUGAAUGCUCCGGCGCUGUACGAGGUCGCGUACGGUGGCCAUGGCGAUAUCAGCAGUGCCGUGUACAUUACAGUGGGCACGGGUGUCGGUGUCGGUGUGUGCACGAACGGCAACGCCAUCCACGGCUUCAUGCAUCCGGAAGGUGGCCACAUUAUGGUUCCGCCUGCCCCGCAGGACAUUGAGGCGGACUUUAAGGGCGUGUGUCCGUUCCAUGGCAACUGUGUCGAAGGAAUGGUGGCUGCAGGCUCCAUCGCUGCGCGUACGGGCGUGGACCGUCGUGACCUCGCUAACAUCUCGGACGAUGACCCAGUGUGGGACACGAUUGCGCAUUACCUGGCCAACCUUUGCGUCAAUGUGACGUUUCUCACGUCUCCGGACGUGAUUGUGAUUGGUGGCGGGAUUGCUCGUCGCGAAAAGCUCUUUGAUUUGAUCCGUGAAAAGUUUAUCGCGCGUGUAAACAAGUAUGGACAGCAGCCGCCUGUGGAGAAGUACAUUCGAGCGUCGUUCCAUGCGUCCAUUGGUCUCGUGAGCUCGCUGCAUUUGGCCCGUCUAGAGCUGGAGCAGAAGUAA